AUGCAAGCCCAGCCACAAGGCGCCAAGGAAAACGGUCGCCCCGACCAUGCCAAGUCCCUGCCCGUGCCACCCGCGCGUCACCCGCGGACACGACCCCAUCCCCGCGUGCACCCUGCAAUCCAGCACGUCCCCGUGUGCCACCAGCUCCCUCUCGGUCCCGCACUCCUGCCAGACACGGCCGUUGGCCCGCGCGCGCGCCAGGACGACGACGCGACGCGACGCCCCGCGAGGACGCCGACGGCGGCAUUGACCCUGUGCGCACUGCACACGACGCCCGCGCUCAAGCCACUGUGCACGCAUCCUCCCCUACCCAAGACCUACCUUGCUGACACCGUAGCUCUGACCAGAAGCCCCUGUGCUCGACGCGCCCGUGACGUCGUGGCCAUGUCGGCCAUGUCGCGCCCUUCUCUCUGGCGCCUAUAUAAACCCCCUCCUCGCUUGAGACAGCACCACACCAUCUCACAGCCUCCCUCUCUUCCCCCUAGCGCCUCCCUCUCGCCCUCCUCGCAGCACACCAGAGCCAAGAGCUCGCCACGGCCACCGGCGGCAUCCCUCAAUGCCGACCCAUUUUCCACCACCUCAGCCUCCAACUCCUACCCCAAAUUGUAG